AUGAUCCGCCAUUGCAAGAACGAACAUGGAUGCACUUCUACAUAUGCAACCUGUCCUAAUGAACGCAACUACCGUCGCUACGCAUUUGAGGCAGCUAUACAAGAUGAGGCCUCCAACAAGAUGCUGUUGGCGGAUGGAUUCUUCAAAUGCCUACACACAACAUGCAUAAGAUGGUUUAUCAAUGAGAAGUCAAUGUUGGAGCACUGUGUCAGACAGGCAGACAAGCAUCAAUGUCUCGACAAGGGUAACUGCGAGGGUUGUUAUCAUAUACAGAAUGGUGGAUCUAGGACAAAGAGGGUCAAGUCCUUCAAAGACCAAUCGACCGAUGAGCAAUCAGAACCUAUGGCAACAUCAAUGGACACCAUUUCAAUCAGUGCUGACAGUGACAAAGCCCAACACCAUCAAGAUCAUGUGGCGGACAAUCAAAACACCAGUCUGGGUGUUCACGUCUCCCAACCCAGCAGUCCCGGCGAUCAUGGACACAAAAAGACCAAGCUCAUAUGUGGACACACUGGAUGCGGCAAGCCAUUUUUAAAAGGUUGCAGAAUGCUCAACCACUGCUCCAAGGAGCAUGGUUGUUCUGGCACAUUCGCUAGUUGCCCGAACAUACCUGGAAACAAGGUCAAGUUUAGUGCAUCCCACGACGACACUGCAUCAAUCGAAAUGAUGUUGGCACGUGGAUAUGUCAAGUGCGAGAAUCUGCCAUGCGAAAGGUGGUUUGUGAAGAAAGUAAACAUGGUUUCACAUAUGCAGGCCAAACAUUACUGUGACAACCCCAAGACUUGCCCAGGAUGUCCAAAGUGUGAUGCCUCGCCCCCUAUCGCCAAGCCAGAGGCAACUCCAUCCAUCGAAUUACCAUCCAAACCAACUCAACCCAAACCAGAGGUUCCCAAGACAACAACCAAGCCAAUUAUCAUACCAGACGCUAGACAGACAAGCUCGGUUCCAAAGUCAGAGGAGUCGGUGCCAAAGACAGAGAAGUCCGCGCCAAAGACAGAGAAGUCAGUGCCAAAGACAGAGCUGCCCCAACCAGCCAAGCCUCUCAAAGUGUCACCAAAAGAGGUACCCCUGGCGCAGGAGAAGAGUGGAAUGAAGUCCUGUCUACAUGAUGGCUGCUCUAUGUCAUUCAAAUCAUUCACGAACGUUCAAUCACACUGUUACUAUGGGCAUAGAUGCUCAGGCAGAUUUUGUGACUGUCCAAACAGUCGCGCCUACAGGGUAUCCAAGUUCACUGCCACACCCGACGACACCGAGUCGAUCAAGUUGUUUCUGGAGGCAGGAUUAGUCAAGUGUCUACACACUAGUUGCAACCUCUUCCUCAGCAAACAGAUGUUGCCAGGACAUGUAGCUAGGAUGUUUACUCACGACUGCAUAGAUCAUAUCACUUGCCCAGGCUGUAGUCCAUCUCUGAAUGCCUCAUCUCGAACAGCCAGGAAGAGGACAGCGACAAAGAGUACAACGACACCACCAGAUCCAGUCCUCCCAGAGGAGGAAGAAGAGGUGGCUCCUGCAUCACCAAUUCUCAAGCGCAAACACUCUCUCAUUAGUGACGAGGAAGAUCACUCUGAUGACGACAGUGAUGAGAGCACCGAUAUCGAGGAAGAAGAAGAUGACAACAUUUUGGAUACCAACACAAUCAAGUGUCCACACACCAACUGUAGCGAGAGAGGCCAGCGUAAUGUCAUCCUCCUCCACUUGACACUGAACCACAACUGCCGCAAGUCCAACCAAUGCGAUGGAUGUAGAGUCGCCAAGGAGAACAAUGGACGUUCUCCAUCCAGACCUUAG